AUGACGGAUCUUACCUUAGAGCUUAAUAUCAACUCAGCAAGUGACCUUGAGUAUGUCAACCACAUCACAAAGAUGAAUGUUUACGCCGUCAUAACCCUUUUGGGCGACAGAAAUAUACAGAAAGUGAAAACCGCGGUAGAUCGCUACGGUGGAUCUAACCCUAACUGGAAUCACGCCGUCAAGUUUUCCGUCAAUGAGAGAUUAGCCAGAGAAGGUCGUUUAACACUCGUCGUGGGAUUGUUCUCCAGUCGAAUCCUAGGCGAUAAAGGUAUUGGUAAGGUCGAGGUCCCGUUAGUUUACCUCUUGCCGUCAACUAACGGUAACAGUAAUGGGCAUGGGAUGAAGUUUGCGACGUAUGAGGUGAGAACUCCGUCUGAGAGAAUGAAAGGUUCUUUGACUUUCUCGUACCGGUUCAAUGGGGCAGCUGUUGUUUCCGGUCCGGUUCACCAUCAGGGACCAAUGUCGUGGGCCCCACCGAGUCAGCACGGUUAUGGACCCUAUCCUUACAUGUCGCAGCCGCCACCACCGGCUGGAUAUGGAUACCAAGGGCCGCCGCAGUAUACGAAGAAUGAUGAGAGGUUGGCGAAUGCGGAUCUUCUUGUUUCAGCAGUGUCAUUGCUUCGUUAG